AGAUUUAACUGUGUCCUCUCAGAGCUCAGAGAGGUGAAGAACUCAGGGCUGCUCAGCAGGGAAUUGAGCCUAGAUCCACCAUAGUCCAAAGACUCAGCUGCAUCCAACCUGUCAGGAGUUAGCUUUCCAAGCCAUAGUCACCUGAAUGCACAUCACAUCAGUCUGGAGGCAAGGAGGCUCCAGGGAGGCCAUGGUGCCUGAAAGAGGUAGGGGAGGGUGUCUCAGGAGGAAUGAGGAGGAAUAGACAGAGGUAAGGAAGGGCUUGGUGAGAGGAAAGCUUAGAGAAGAUUCAGGCCUGGGAAUGUAGGCUGGGUAGUUUGGAUUAUGCUCUGAUAGUGGUAGGGAGCCCCGGAAGGUGUUUGACCAGUGUUGGAUUCACCUGUGCAAGGAACAUCUAUGCUGGCUGCGCAGUAGAGAGUGGAUGGGAGCAGGUGAGGGGACCAGUCAAGGGGCCCAGUCAAGGGGCAGUAACAAGGUCCAGAAGUGGCUCUUCACAAAAGGAGGGAAAGACCAGGGGCAUGCAGGACCCAAGGGUACUGAGGAAGGUUGCAGCUGAGACUGAUCAGUGAUGUACCCCUGGGGGAAGGUGGUAGGAUAUACAGAGCCACAUGCAACCUUAUGGUAUCCUGAAGGCCUCACGUGGUGCGGCUCAAGGAAAGUAGGUUAUAGGAACAAAUAGACCAAUAGCCUCUUGGGUUUGGCCCAUGCCAGUUGCCUUCUCUGCUGUUCCCGCAUCUUUUCUCUUUGCCCACCCUGCCUGCCGCGUGGCUCUGAAGGACCCUGUCUGGCCCAGUAAAAGAAGUACUGAUCCAUGGUUACACCUAGAGCCUCUUUUCUUUUUGCUGCGCACUCACAUGGCUUCUCUCUCUCUCCGUCCCCCUCCCCCUCCUUGUCCUUAUCUUUCCCUUCCGUCUCCAUGGCGACUCACCACCUCAGCUUGCCUGCAUCCCAGCCCCUGCCAGGGAUUUGGAGCUGGGCUCCCUCCCUCCUCUGAAGCCUUGUACCCGAAGCCCUGUCUCCUCCCCCUGGGGUGAGUCCAGCGGCAGCCUCCUCUUUCGGGACCAGUCGACCCACAGGCACAUUGAUUCUCCAGCUCUGACAGAGAGUCAGCUCCUUGGGGAGACGGUCCCCUGUCCCUCCUUCCACCUGCCACAGCUCAGCCAGCUCUUCAGGAAAGGCUAACCUCACCUCCGUCUGAAGGUCUAGGGUUCUCCUCGCUCCGUGGCAGACCCUCUCCCAUCUCAGCCUCCCAUGCCGAGGCCCAGCUUGUCAGUCACUUCCUUUUGUCAUCGGCUUGGCAAACGGGAGAGAAAACGGAGCUUCAUGAGAAACAGCAGCAACAGUUGGUCCCAUGCACCAUUCCCCAAGUUGGAGCUGGGUCUGGGGCCCCGAGUGACUGCACCCCAGGAGCUGCCUGCCUGCUCCAUCUGCCUGGAGAGGCUGCGUGAGCCCAUCUCACUGGCCUGUGGCCAUGACUUCUGCAUUCGGUGCUUCAGCACACACCGUGUCCCUGGCUGCGAGCCACCCUGCUGCCCCGAGUGCCGGAAGAUCUGCAAGCAGAAGAAGGGCCUCCGCAGUCUGGGGGAGAAGAUGAGGCUCCUUCCGCAGCGGCCAUUGCCCCCUGCGCUGCAGGAGAGCUGUUCAGUGAGGGCAGAACCUCUGCUGCUGGUGCGCAUCAAUGCCUCGGGGGGCCUCAUCCUCAGGAUGGGGGCCAUCAACCGCUGCCUGAAGCACCCCCUGGCCAGGGACACCCCUGUCUGCCUCCUUGCCGUCCUGGGGGAGCAGCACUCAGGGAAGUCCUCCCUCCUUGACCACUUGCUCCAGGGCUUGCCAAGCUUGGAGCCUGGUGGUGAGGGCAGCUGGUCCAGAGGAGGAGAAGGGUCCCUGCAGGGGUUCAGAUGGGGUGCCAAUGGCCUCAGCAGGGGCAUAUGGAUGUGGAGCCACCCCUUCUUGCUGGGGAAAGAGGGGAAGAAGGUGGCUGUGUUCCUAGUGGAUGCAGGGGAUGCCAUGAGUCCUGAGCUGAGCAGGGAAACAAGGAUCAAACUUUGCGCUCUCACCACGAUGCUGAGCUCCUACCAGAUCCUGAACAGCUCCCAGGAACUAAAGAACAUAGAUCUGGACUACCUGGAGAUGUUCGUCCACGUGGCUGAGGUUAUGGGCAGGCAUUACGGAAUGGUACCAAUCCAGCAUCUGGACCUCUUAGUUCGUGACUCAUCUCACUCCAACAAGGCAGGGAAGGGUCUCGUGGGUGACAUCCUCCAGAAGUUGUCCGGCAAAUAUCCCAAGGUCCAGGAACUCCUCCUAGGGAACCGAGCCCGCUGUUACCUCCUGCCCUCUCCAGGGAGGCGGUGGAUGAACAAAGGCCGAGGAAGCCCAGGAGGUGACACAGAUGAUGAUUUCCACCACCUUCUGUGGCCCUAUGUCUUGGAUGUGCUGAGCGCAGUCCCCCAGCACGCUAAGAGCCGCUGCCAGGGCUACUGGAGUGAGGGGCGCACCGUGGCCAGAGGAGACAGACGCCUGCUCACCGGGCAGCAGCUAGCUCAGGAGAUCAAGAACCUCUCAGGCUGGAUGGGGAGGACAGGGCCCGGCUUCAGCUCUCCCGAUGAGAUGGCUGCUCAGCUGCAUGACUUGAGGAAAGUGGAAGUCGCCAAGAAGGAGUUUGAGGAGUAUGUGAGGCAGCAGGAUGUAGCCACCAAGCGCAUCUUCUCUGCACUCCGGGUCCUGCCAGACACCAUGCGGAACCUGCUCUCCUCCCAGAAGGAUGCCAUCUUGGCCCGUCAUGGAGUGGCUUUGCUGUGCAAGGAGCGUGAGCAGACCUUAGAAGCCCUGGAGGCUGAGCUGCAGGCCAAGGCCAAGGCCUUCAUGGACUCCUACACUAUGCGCUUUUGUGGCCACCUGGCUGCAGUUGGGGGCGCUGUGGGAGCUGGGCUUAUGGGCCUGGCGGGGGGCGUUGUGGGUGCGGGCAUGGCUGCGGCUGCUCUGGCAGCAGAGGCUGGGAUGGUGGCAGCAGGGGCAGCAGUGGGGGCGACGGGGGCCGCUGUGGUGGGGGGUGGUGUGGGUGCUGGGCUGGCUGCCACUGUGGGCUGCAUGGAGAAGGAAGAAGAUGAGAGGGUGCAGGGAGGAGACCGAGAGCCCCUUCUCCAGGAAGAGUGACAGCCCAAGAAAUGUUGAAGAAUGGGAGAGAUGUGAGGUUGGGGAGAAAGUAGGGGGUUAGGGUGGGGCAAUGCAGAGAUUUUAAGGGGCCCACAUGUACCGCACUGCCCCUGUUGAAUGCCCACUGUCUGGGCACUGGCCAAGCUGGGGACUCAAGGUACAUAUAGGAACUUGGGGAGGUUUCCCGGGGCCAGAAGGCAGCCAGCAAGUAGAGCAUAGGGUCUGUUUCUGGUUGUAGAUGAUUAUUGAUCUGCUGCUGUCCUGGUCCUAGGUAAACUUGACCCUGGGGUUUCUGCUAUGAGUGAGGCUCCAUCCUUCCCUCUCUAGUUUAUUUCCCCAGAUGAUGGUGGAUUGGAGCAAAGAUGAGCAGUGCUAUCCUGCAAGUCAACCCUGGGUCAACAGCCCUGUCAUUUCACAGAUGGAAUAGUCCCUGGCAUGACUGAUAUGAUCAACUUUGGCGUUCAGGAGUGAGGAGCACUGACAGGGUUGGGAGGGAAAGAGGAAGGGAGCCUGGGCCAAACCAGUGAGGCAGGUUAUGAGAGAUGGUGGCUGAAAACCCACAGUAGAAACAUUUGCUCCCAGAUGCAUUCCAAAGCUACUCCUACAGGACUAAGGUGGGCUGCCUGCCCUCCCCUCGCAGCCUGGCAGCUGUGUGUGCAUCCUGAGUGGCCCUGAACCCAACUUGGGCUCAUGCCUUUUGUCAAAUCUGUUCAGACAGAGGAGUGCCCGUGUUCUUUGUGGAAUGCCCUCACCACAACAGAUUAAAUGCCAAAGAAUCACACUUCAGUUGCAUUCUGAGCUAAACUAGUCUAUUCCAGAUUCUAUCAAAGCCUCAUAAAGGAAACCAAAGGGAACAGAUUCUAUCUUUAAACAUGUUGUUUCUCCCUUGAGCUUGUGAGAGACCACUUUGCUCUGUCUUAGAAGAUCUCUUGAUGCUGCUCUCCUAAUACCAGCUCCAUGGGGAAUUUGGGGGUGAGGAGCUUCUCUCUGGAAGACAGAAAAUCCUACUAGGAAGACUUUUGGGCUACUAAAGUGUAAAAUAUGCUGGGCACACGACCCCUUAUUUUAUGAAAAAAUAAAAUGUGUG